AUGAUCCAGAUCCUCAGUCUUUUAUUGCUGUGCACAGGAACUGCUGCAGAUCUACUUCUAUGCAAUCUUAUACCUGGGAACCUGAAGCAGAUAGAUGCGGGUGCCGGUCAGGUUUAUGGUGUGAAUGAUACCGACUAUAUCUUCAGAUUGGUGGACCAAAGCUGGACGUUGCUUUCUGGACAACUAAUCCAUGUGUCUGUCGGUGCAGCUGGUGUAUGGGGUGUCACCAAUUCCAACACUGUCUUCAAAUAUCAAGAUAACAGCUGGGUAUCUGUUAAUGGGGCUCUGAAACAGAUUGAUGCAGGUGGGAAUAAAUACGUGGCUGGAGUAAAUUCACAGAACUCUGUUUACUGCCUAAACCAAGAUCAAGUGGUUUCUUUGGCUACAACGUUGACCUAUACCAGCAUAGAUGGAAGUCUGAAGUACUACAGCUGUGGCCUUUAUGGCUGCUGGGGUGUAAAUGGCAACAAUGAGGUAUUUUAUCGCUAUGGUGUGCAGCCUACAGCCUGCUCUGGAACAAAGUGGGAGAAUAUAAAAGGUUCUUUGGCCAUGGUGGAGGUCGGCGCAGAUGGUUCUGUGUAUGGCGUGAGCCCUGAGGGAGAUGUCUAUAAAAGGGAUGAAGUCUCAGAAAUGAAUCCUGUUGGAACCCAAUGGAUCAAGUUGAAUGUCUGUGGCAAGUACCGCCAUGUGUCAUAUGAUAUGGGAAUCCUGUGGCUUAUCGCUCUGAAUGGAGACAUCUAUAAAUGCCAAGUCUCUUGCCCAUGUUGA